AAAAAUUAUACGCGAGUAGUACCAGCUCAAGUACAGGUACGCAAUAGUUUCCUUCAAUUGAUUUGAAGUUUAAAAGUGAAAUAUUAAGCGGUAAUAAAAUUUCGUGCAAAUAACUAAGUUGCAAAUAACUUCAAUUAUAUUCAAUUUAAGUUUAUUUGUAAAAUAUAUGCGUGCUCGUUUGUACGUAUAAAACUAGCAAUAUACAUACGUAUUUCAAUGGAUCGAGAGAGUAUUUUGCAGAAAAUUGACGACGGUGUUUAUGAACUGUCACAGAAACGCAUAUCAAUGGAUUAUCGAGAUAGUGUUUUGCAGAAAAUUGAGGAUGGUGUUUAUGAACUGUCAGAGAAACGUAAAGGUAAAAGCAAAACCUGGAAUGUUUUCGCGCAAAUAAAAAAAGAGGAUGGAAGCAUUUUAGAUGGUUUUGUAUGUUGCCGCAAAUGUUUGCGCCUAUACAUAUAUAAAGGCAACUCAACGUCAAACUUGAACCGUCAUAAAUGCUUCACACCGCAACGUAAAGAAGCGACCAUAAUAAAUGAAACCCCUGUGACAGUCGAUAACGAUCUUGAGGAGGAUGUAAAAGAUUGUCCGCAGUUUUUUUCUGUUUUUACACCCGAUGAACCUCAAAUUACCGAGGCUCGCUCACAUCAACCAUCACUUUGCAACAACGAUACCAAUCCAGACAAUGCAGCUGAAAAUCAGAAUACGCCUAAACGAACAUUGAAUCACACGAAACAAUUGGAUAGUCUGUGUGAAAUGGUAAAAAUUGAUCUUCAAGAUGCCUCAGAUGAAAUUUUCUUUGAAGCUAAAUGGAAAAUUUUGGAUGUCCUACGUGAAGUUCACCAAAAAAAGCUAAAAUAAUGGUUGACUUUAAGUAAGUGCAGACGGUUGUUUCAUAUAAAGAAAAA